AUUCUCAAGAGCAGGCGUUGCCAAGGGACCACACCAGUGUUAGCAACACGCCAGAGCCCAGGGCCAGAAUUUCCUAACUGCCAUAGGCGGUUAAAGGCGCAGCUGUGUUGGGAGGAGGAGAAGCCCAAGCCCGGGAGUAGCUCAGCCACACGUGAGGUCUCAGCCGCAGCCGCCUUCACUUUCGUUUCCCAGGGACCCUGGGUCAGUAAUUACCGCGGUUUCGUUUCUGAGGGCGCGGCCUGGGACACCCAUGGCCUUAGUGAGCCGCCCUCGAGCCCCACUCUGGCUCGGGCGACUGUCACGGAGGUUGUGCGCGCGACACCGGGCCUGCACGGGGACCAUGGCUCGGCCGCGGCGCUUCACUGUGGAGCUGCCUGAUUGCUCCCUGACUCACUUCGUCCUGGGGGACGCAGCAGACCAAAGGGAUGCACGCCUGGCAGAGCUGCUCGGGCCCCCGGGGCGCAGCUACGCGCUGUGUGUGCCCCUGGCUUCAGGCGAAGGCUGCGGCCCCCGGGUGCAGGCGGCCCGGGUGCACCAGCAUCUGCUGCAGCAGCUGCGCCAGGGUCCUUUGCAGAGGUGCCAGCUGAGCAAGCUGCUGGGCUACGGUCCGGGCGAUCAGGCCGGCGAAGCCCAGCAUGGCUUUCUGCUGCGCGACCCUUGCGACCACCCGGACACCCGGCGCGACUUGCUCCAGCUUCUGGCUUCGUGCCAGGAGGCGGCGCGCCCGCAGGUGGCCGAGUUCCAGGCCGACUCCCAGGGUUUGCUGUGGCAGCGUCUAUGGGAGUUGCAGGGAGACAGGCAGGUGCAGGUGGACUGCGCAUGCGUCCUGCCGGCACUGGAGCCUCAUUUGCACCCAUUGCUGCCAGAUCUGGUCAACUCUGUGGUGUUUCAAGACCGGGACGCUGCACGAGCUGUAUUGGAGGAGUGCACAUCCUUUAUUCCAGAAGCCAGGGCAGUGCUUGACCUGGUUGACCAGUGCCCAAAGGAGAUCCAGAAAGGGAACUUCCAGGUCAUUGCCAUUGAAGGACUGGAUGCCACUGGUAAGACCACAUUGACACAGUCUGUGUCAGAGUCUCUCAAGGCUGUCCUCCUACAAUCGCCACCCCCCUGCAUCAGCCAGUGGAGGAAGAUCUUUGAUGAUGAGCCUACUAUCAUUCGAAGAGCAUUUUAUUCUUUGGGCAAUUAUCUCGUGGCAUCUGAAAUAGCUAAAGAAUCAGCCAAGUUUCCUGUUAUUGUAGACAGGUACUGGCAUAGCACGGCCACCUAUGCCAUAGCUACUGAGGUGAGUGGAGGCCCACAGUACCUACCCCCUGCCCACCACCCUGUGUACCAGUGGCCAGGAGACCUGCUGAAGCCUGACCUGGUCCUGCUGCUCACUGUGAAUUCUGAGGAGAGAGUGCGGAGACUACAGGGCAGGGGCCUGGAGAAAACUAAAGAAGAGGCUGAACUUGAGGCCAAUAAUGUGUUUCGUCAGAAGGUAGAAAUGACAUACCAGCGUAUGGAGAACCCGAGCUGCUAUCUGGUCGACGCCAGCCCCUCGAGAGAGACAGUCCUGCAGAAGGUUUUACAGCUGAUCCAGGGUUCUGGUCGUUAAUUGUAGUUGCUCUGGCCAAGCUCUUCAUUACACCAGAAGAGAAGCUGUGUGAUGCAUCAAAACCCAGCACUUGUCAUAUGGCUUCUUAGAUUUAGGUGGUAUAAGCAUACUUGGUGGACAAAACUGGAGACUGAGAAGUUUGCUUUCCUUCUGACUGACCGAGCCAACCACAGCUGCUGAGUCAUUUCUGCCUGGCCAUGUACCAACUUCUUGGGAUAUAUUUUAACACCCUGACUUUCUGAUCCAGUGGUGAGCCUGCUAGAGGACUUCCUGUAGUUGGAAGCUAAGGAUGUCAGCUUUGGCCCACAUUGAUCAAUUGUGAUAAGCUAGCAUCAUUUGUUUUUACCCCAAACCCUCUAACUAAGGAUUGUCACAGAGCUAGGCUAUCCAAGGACAUUUCCUUUGAGCUAUUCAUGGGUGGAGAGACACUUGCAAAAAAGCCAUUGAUCUUAUUUCAGAGGAUCAAGAAAUACCUUGGACGCCUCAGAAUUGAAUAAGCACGUGCCCCUAAACUGCAAAGUCUCUUGUUCUCUUUUGCUUGUCUGUAUCUGUAUUCCAUUUCUCAACUCCGAAAUCUCAUUCUGCGUGUAAUGAGCAGUCUGCACUGAUCUGGAUGCGUUGUACUUACCCAGCACACCAAUUUGUUUACAUUGAUGUUUACAUCAUGUGUUUCCUCAGUGUAGGAGCUGCGUGUGAGUCACACAAACUGAGGCCAAGGAGCUAAAUGCAGCAUUUGCUCAAUGUUUUCAUGACACAAAUUUAAUUUAUCUUAAUAAGCACAGUGGAUUCUGGAACGAGACUUCAUAGUAAAUUAUCAUGCACUUUGAAUGUCUUCUGAUUGCAUGUGAAGUCGGCUUCAAGGGCUCUUUAGAUAGAGACUAGAGCUGUGGAAGAGGAGCCUGGUGGCUCUGUAACCUUGGCUUAGUCAUUUAACGUUGAUAAUGCUUUAUCUGAAAGGGGGAAGCUGGUGGUCCUCUAGAAAUACUUGGGAGGCUGAGAAAGGAAAAUUGAAAGUUCUAGGUGUACGUUCAGAACUAGCCUGGGCAGUGUAGUGGGACCUUGUCUCAAGAUUAAAAACUACAAAGAGGACUAGGGGUGAAACUCCAUAGUAGAACACCAUACUGAAUAUUCUAUCCCUGGGUUCAGUACCUGGGAUCCAUGCCCAGUACCAUAAGAAUAAAAAUAUAAACAAACAGUUAAACAAACAAUAAAAAGAAUUAGGUCAUAAUUGGUCAUAAGGUGGUGGCUGGACCAGACUAUUAUUUAACAUUCCAGUUCAAGUGUGGAUGACUCCAUACAUCAUUUUUGAUCCCAUAUCCCAUUUCUUAAGAAUCCAUUCCCAAGUAAUUAAAUUACAUGAAAGCCUUCUAAGGUUUACCCUAAUCUCAAACUAUAAGAUUUAAUAUUUAUAUCUCAGUAUUUUUCACCUUUGGGACUAUGUAUAACUUAUAAGUAAUGUGUCUAUGUAUAUAAAUAUAUUGUUGGCUUUUUUUGAACAUAUUUUUAAGCUGAUAAAUAGCAUUAAGGUUCUCUGUGAUGUGGCAGCUACUUCCACGAAGGCUUUAGUUCAAGCCCCUCCGAGAUGAUUGCACCAGAGGCUGAGAAGGAAGUCCUAGUGCUCUCGUCAUGAAACCUGCCAGUGAAUAAACUUGCUCUGACAUUCCUAACCAUAUUUGUCAUCAUGACCACUUGACACAGUUGUUGGAAUAUCUCCCUGCAAGUUCGCCUUUCCAUAGUCAAAUGUUGUUUUUAUGUAUGUGAGAAAGCAGAGGCUGUGAGUUUGGGGUUGAGUAGACUCAAAUGGACCUUGGUGAGGAAGAAUUUGUUUCAACCAUUAUUUGCACAUUAUAAAUAUCAAAAGGAUUUUUAAAAUUCCAUUUUCUGUACAACUGAUAGGUAGAUGAUUUACAUUUGACAACUUAGGAAUUCCUCCCAGUGCCAAGAUGCAUAGAUCUGCUCAGCAUAAAGUGGGCCACAUUCUUAUCCCAUGAUGCCUUCUUUCAUUCUUAAUAAUGGAAGUUCAGCAUAGCACAUUGCUGCUAAGACUACAGAACCCAGGUGUGAGUAUCUCAUGCACUUAGAUGUGCCUGACUGUCUGAGUCUGGUACACACACACACACACACACAGACACAGACACACACACACACACACACACACACAUAAUGACAUAUUCUGUUGAUACUAUUUUUUUGGAGAAUUCUGCUUACCUCAUAUGUGAAACCCUGAUUUUAUAUAUGUACUUUAAAUUUCAAGCUAAUCUACAAAACAUACAUGAACUCCAUGCAUGUAUUCCAGCUAAUGGCAAAAUAAUUACAAUAAACUUUUAGGACCAAAGAAAUUAAUUGAUAACAAUAACAAAAUUUCUAUUGCCACUAAAAUCUUAGAGUCCAGAACAUCUGCAGCACAAUGUUCCCUAAAUCUAGGAUACAGUCUAAAAUUACCCAACCUACAACUAAAGGAACAUGUACAUAGAGAAGAAGCAGCCAAGUUUUGGAGAGCAACCCCAAGAUGAGCUUGUAUAAAUGGGAGCAUCUGGGAAUUUAGAGUAGCUCUAUAACUAUGAUUGAAUGGGGACAUGCCUAUCACAUAUGAAAAGUCAAGAGAUGUCCUGCAGAAGUAAGUCUUGCCCUUAGCUGGAUUAUAUGUAUGGAGAUCAUGUGAAGUUUGUGAUUUAGCUUGAAAUUUAAUUAAAGUGCAUGAACAAAAUCAGAUUUUCCCACAUGUGUUAAGCAGUUUUCUUCAGAAAAACAGAACCAAUAAGUAUGUGUGUGUGUGUGUGUGUAGAAUAUUUAUUGGAUUGAUUUACAGUAUAGGGACUGGCUAAAUAUUACUGAGUGAUUGAGUGGAUAUUAUAUAGUGAAUUUUUUACCAAGUAGAAUAACAGGCCACUGAUGGAUUGAGUUAUUAGCUGAACAAGUGAGCAAAAGGAAGAGUCCCGGUGCCACACCCUACCCUAAAUAUCUCCAGCGAAUAGACUUCCCUUCCUGCACAUUCUGAUUCCUAUACAACCCUGCCCUUUUGGUCAUACUCUCUCUUGGCCCCUCUCUCUUGGUCCUCUCUUUUGCCUUCCUCUCUCUCCUCUUCCUUUCAUUCUCCCCAUCUCUCUCCUUUCAUGGCCUACUUCAGUCUUCUACUUUUUCUUUCUAUUCUGGAUGCUUUCAGAUGCCUCUGACUGUACCUUCUAUCUGCAAUAAAAAUAAAAAAUCAUUCCCCUCAAUAAUACCUUGGAGUGGUCAUGUUCUCACUUUAUACAGCGAACUCCCAAAUUGAUCUCCCCCCUCUCUUUCUCUCUCUCUCUCUCUCUCUCUCUCUCUCUCUCUCUCUCACACACACACACACACACACACACACACGCUUUGGCUUGCUCAGUACUUAAUAGACUCUCUCAUCCAAAACCAAAACCACGGCUAUCUCAGAUCAUUGUCUGGAUCCCACAGAAUAUGGCCCUCCAAUGCUUUUCCUCUCAGAUACUGAGAGAUACAACUUUCAAGUGUAGCACAGACAAAGGAAAUGUUCACUAGCACCAAAAAUACAUUCUGCCCUCUGAAUUCAGUGCAUGUCAGUUUUUAGAAAUGGGUUAUGAUUCUUACACCAUAUCUCUGCUUAUCUUUGCAGUUUUUGGAAGGAAGCUUGGAUGACUGUUAUAACCCAUGUUGGUUUUGAGUUGGUUGAGUUUUCCCCUCAUUCUAGAUCACAUUUUUCUGCUUGUUUUGGCAAACCUCAGUGUGGAUGCUUUCCAUUCUAAAUUUUACCUUGUUAUGUAACAGAUACUGCUUUUUUUCUGUGACAAUUUCUUAUCUUGGUGUAUUUUAGGCUCAUUAAAAGGAUUGAUCCAUCUGAAUAUUGCAUUUAAGAUUUGUUAGAUGGUACUGGUAGUUUACCUAGAGUUAACUGCUCUCAACCCCAUGCUGAGGCAAGCCUCUUAUAAUAUUCUAUCAGGUCCUAAAUGGAUCCUAGAGUCUUUUGGUUUAGUCAGAAGGUACUGUAUUAGCUUUGUGUACAUGCUGGAUUCAGUUGUCUCUAAUCUUCAGAAUGGUCCUUUGUCUGACAGAGCCAGACUACUCUCUCUGUCUUGAGGACCCCUUUAGUGUAGGUUCUGAAUAACUCUGGCAUUUUCUGUUUCUUCUUUCACCAGCUUCAGCUGCCCUUGGUCUUGUCUAGUUAUUGCAGGAUGUCAAUCUCCUGGAAAGUUUAUUAUCUUCAUGUCUUGCGAGUAAUAUGUUUGUCUGAAAUUCUAGUGAUAUUUAUCAAUUGCUUGUGAUUAAGGGGUAUGGGCGAUAGAACAGCAUGAAACUAUUUCUUACAGUCUAAGGAACUGGAACUCACUCUGGUCCUCACAGCCAGAGUUAAUAAUAUACCUUGUGGUCACUUAAGACUGCCAUCCUAUUGCCUGCUCAGCCUGUUUGUUUAAGUGGCCUUUAAGAGAACAAUGUAACAAUCAACCUUACUUGCCUUGCAUUUCCCAUGUAAUCAACUGUUACAAUCUAACAAUAGCUGAAAUCCACAGUUACAUUCUCUUCUGUGUCCCGGACCUUGAGUCAUGCAUGUGUGUUACAAUAAUUAUUUGCUGGAACUAGCAAAUAGAGGUUGAAAGCAGCCUUGCAAAAUAAAGCCACAUCACAACUGUUGAAUGCAACAUAAGGACAUUGCUUGACAAACAGUGAUGUUUGUAAUACUGUUUGUUGUCUGGGUUGGUCAGGGUCAGUUGGAGCAGGUGACUUAAGCUUCCAUUUAUCCUGGCCACUCUCUAUAGUCUUGCUAUAUAAUGCAUCAGUGUAGAAAACCUUAGGUCCCUCCCAAGCCAAACCAUCCUAUUAGAGAGGCUGUCAGGUAGAUUCUUCCAGGCUGACUAGAUUUUAGUUUUGAAAAUAACUUUCCAAGCUGGGAUUGUAAUUCACUUGGUAGAACGCUUGUCUAGCAUACAAAAACAAUCUCUGGGAAUUGCUCCCAGCACUGCACAAAAACAGGUAUUGUGUUGCGUGCCGGUAACCCCAGUACUUGGAGGUAGAAGCAGGAAGAUCAGAAGUUCAAGGUGUGAGCAAAAAUUCUGGAAAAUGAACCAUGUAUGCUAUGAAUAAAAGCCUUCUGGAAGAACUCUGUGUCUGCAAAGACUGGCACACCUAUUAGGAUUUCAGGACUGUGGAGAAAUUGGAAUUUCAUAAGUUUAGGUACUAAUUACUGAACUGGAACAGCCAUUUCUUGCUUUAUCUAAACUAAAACCAUAUGAUAAAUAAAAUAAAAAAAUAAAUAAAUA